AAUAAUUUUAGGGUAAAAUUGUCUAAUUUAAGAAUUUGAGUUGUAAUUUUUCCUUGAAAGCCAAUUUUUCACACCAACAAUUUUUUUUGGUUGAAAAAAAAGCAAAUUUCCACACUCCCAAGGGUGGAUCUACCCUUCAAUUACAUCACCAAUUCACCAUCCUAUUCACUUUCCUCCAUUGUUUCCCUCCCAAGCUCACAUCUCAUUCAUCCUUUAAAUCCCACCAUUUUCCCCAAAUAUCCUCAUUCUCUCCCUCCAUUCUAUACCCUCUCUUCAAUCAAACCAAAAAACCCAUUUCAAAUCCCCAUUCUUUUUUGAUCAACAAUGUCUUCAUCAGAUCACACAGAAACACCCCAAAACGGGUCAAACCCACCAACAAAAGUUGCCUUAAUCACAGGAAUCACAGGCCAAGAUGGAUCAUACUUAACUGAAUUUCUCCUCUCAAAAAACUACACUGUUCAUGGCUUAAUCCGUCGAUCAUCAAAUUUCAACACACAAAGAAUCAAUCAUAUCUAUAUAGACCCACACAAUUCCCACAAAGCUACAAUGAAACUUCAUUAUGCGGAUCUUACUGAUGCAUCUUCUCUUCGCCGUUGGAUUGAUACCAUUGCUCCUGAUGAGAUUUACAAUCUUGCAGCACAAUCUCAUGUUGCUGUUUCGUUUGAGAUCCCUGAUUAUACUGCUGAUGUUGUUGCUACUGGUGCUCUUCGGUUACUUGAAGCGGUUAGAUCUCAUAUUGCUGAAACGGGUCGGACCCAUAUUAAAUAUUAUCAAGCCGGGUCUUCUGAGAUGUUCGGAUCUACUCCUCCACCUCAGAAAGAGGAUACUCCGUUUCACCCUAGAUCACCUUAUGCUGUAGCUAAAUGUGCUGCUCAUUGGUAUACCGUCAAUUAUCGUGAAGCUUAUGGUAUAUUUGCUUGCAAUGGUAUCUUAUUCAACCAUGAAUCACCGCGAAGGGGAGAGAACUUUGUGACCCGUAAGAUCACACGUGCAGUCGGCAGGAUCAAGAUUGGGCUUCAGAGCAAACUAUUCCUGGGCAAUUUGCAAGCAUCAAGGGAUUGGGGAUUCGCAGGAGACUACGUGGAAGCAAUGUGGUUGAUGCUCCAACAGGAGAAACCCGAUGAUUAUGUUGUAGCCACCGAGGAGUCCCACAGUGUCGAGGAGUUCUUGGAGGUUGCCUUUGGGUACAUUGGACUCAACUGGCGUGAUCAUGUAGUGAUCGACAAAAGAUACUUUAGGCCCACAGAGGUCGACAAUCUGAAGGGCGAUGCCAGUAAGGCAAAAGAAGUGCUGGGUUGGAAGCCUAAAGUUGGUUUUGAGCAAUUGGUGAAAAUGAUGGUUGAUGAAGACAUAGAGUUGGCUAAUAGGGAGAAAGUGCUCGUCGAUGCCGGUUACAUGGAUGCUCAACAACAACCUUGAGCCAAUUAUUUCCAUACCAUUUGAUUUGAUUCUCACUGUUCUAGAUUAAUCUUUUGUGAGUUAGGUAUAUACGGAUCGGAACAGAUCAGACAGAUCAGAACAUAUCAGAUCUUCAGAUAAUUUAGAGUUUGCAAGUAAGUUAUUGAUUCAUAAUUUGUUGGUUUCAAUCAAAAAGUUCAGUUUUGUGAUUUCUUUACUGGGGCCUCAUUAAGAUCCCAUGUUUCCUCCCAUUGGAUGUCGGUGGGAUACUUCUUUGUCAUAGUCUAUAUGUUGUCUUUACUUGGCAUUUUGCCAUUUAACUCUUCUUUUUUUACAUCAAUAAGCAAGAUCUUCUCUUCAUUGUCUUUUCUUUUUUGAAGAUUAGUGUGGUUGUAAUUUAUAAAUCCAGCUGUUUAUUACUUGAUCCUGGGAACUGGGAUUCCUCUGGAUCAUUGAUAAUUUUUUGAUUAUGAAAUACUCAAUACCAUGUGGUAGUAGUUAUUAUCUUUGACUAUUUGGAAAAGAGUUUCUUUGUAUUCCUAGAGGUGUACAUUUGAGUGUUCGGACAUAUUUCGGAUAUGAUAUCAGUCAAGUUAAUUA